GGCCCAUCAACCGGGAGAUGCGGCACCUGAUCAGCAGCCUGCAGAACCACAACCACCAGCUGAAGGGCGACGUCCAGCGCUACAAGCGGAAGCUGCGGGAGGUGCAGGCCGAGAUCAACAAGCUCCGCCUCCAAGCCAGCGGCGCCCCGCCCCCCUCAAGGCAGCGCUCCGCCCCCUCACGCCCCCCACCCACCGCCGCUGCCCCCGCCCCCAGAGGAGACCACGCCUACCGGGGGAGCCCCGGGGCCCCGCCCCCCGUCAAGGGAGGAAGAGGGCGUGGCCCCGCCAGGCCCCCGCCCCCCCGGAGCCCAAGCGGGGAGGCGGCCCUCACCCCCGCCCCACCGGAGGCGCCCCCUCCGCGGCGACCGCCGGAGGAAGAGGAGCUGCCCACCCUCCCGCCGCCCCCCCGCGGUUCCCGCCGCCGGCGCCCCCCCCCGGCGCAGCCCCCUCCGCUCCGGGGUAAAGGAACCCCCCCACGGUUCCCCCCCGUCCCCCCCGGAGCUUCCCGGGGGGUUCCGGAUCGGGAACGGGAACGGCUGCGGGAGCGGGAGCGCCCCAAAGGUCCCCCGGAGGAAGGCAAGAAGAAGGAUUCGGAGGUCCUCAAGCAGCUGCGGGGGGAGCUCAAGAAGGCGCAGGAGAGCCAGAAGGAGAUGAAGCUGCUGCUGGACAUGUACAAGUCGGCCCCCAAGGAGCAGCGGGACAAGGUGCAGCUGAUGGCGGCCGAGAGGAAGAGCAAGGCGGAGGCGGAGGAGCUGCGGGGACGGGCGCGGGAGCUGGAGGGAGCGGGGAGCGGCGGGAGAGCAAGAAGCUGGCGGUACGAGGAGGCCCUGCGGCGCCUGCGCCACGCCGAGGAGCAGAUCGAGCACCUCCAGCGCAAGCUGGCCGCCACAAGGCAGGAGGAGGAGGCGCUGCUGUCGGAGAUGGACGUGACGGGUCAGGCCUUCGAGGACAUGCAGGAGCAGAACCUGCGGCUGCUGCAGCAGCUGCGGGAGAAGGACGACGCCAACUUCAAGCUGAUGUCGGAGAGGAUUAAGGCCAACCAGAUCCACAAGCUGCUGCGGGAGGAGAAGGACGAGUUGGCCGAGCAGGUCCUCGCCCUCAAGGCUCAGGUGGACGCCCAGUUGCUGGUGGUGCAGAAGCUGGAGGAGAAGGAGCGGGGGCUGCAGAGCAGUCUGGCGGCGGUGGAGAAGGAGUUGGCCCUGCGCUCCCAAGCUCUGGAGCUCAACAAGAGGAAGGCGGUGGAAGCGGCGCAGCUGGCGGAGGACCUGCGGGCGCAGGGGGAGCACGUCCAGGCGCGGCUGCGGGAGCUGCAGGCUUGCGCCGCCGAGAACCGGGCCGCCAAGGACAAGGAGUCCCUCAGCCUCAAACGGGCCCAGGAGGAGCUGUCGCGGCUGCGGCGGAAGCUGGAGAAGCAGCGGAAGGUGGAGGUCUACGCCGACGCCGACCAGAUCCUCCAGGAGGAGAUCAAGGAGUAUCGGGCCCGCCUGACCUGCCCGUGCUGCAACGCCCGCAAGAAGGACGCCAUCCUCACCAAGUGCUUCCACGUCUUCUGCUUCGAGUGCGUCAAGAGCCGCUACGACACGCGCCAGCGCAAGUGCCCCAAGUGCAACGCCGCCUUCGGCGCCCACAACUUCCACCGCGUCUACAUCAGCUGA